GAGGAAUAGGAAACAGUUUAGGUCCUGUCCUGUAGGGGCGCUCUUUCUACCAGCUGGAGCUUUAAUUUCAGUUCAAUAUGGCGCUGUUCGGGAGGAGGGCAAUUUUUGUUGGACGCUGUGCAGUUAGCUUGUUGUGCACUGCCAUCAGAACACAACAGGUACACAUCAGGCUUCCUUCGCACAUCCGGAGGAACUGGAUUUCUGUUGGCAUCUCAGGCGGCUUGUGUGCUGUUCCCUUUGUACAGGACAGCGUAUCCCAUGAAGCCUUAAUCCGUAGAGCCUCAUCUCUGCUGACCGACAGUGCCACUACCUUUCUGUCUCAAACUACACUGGCACUAGUGGACUCUCUCACUCAGUAUACUAAGACAGUGCAUACCCUCAUAACACUGCACAAGCGCUAUGUGGCCAAUAUCAACAGACUAAGUCCUGAAGAUGAGAACGCAGUAUGGCAGGUGAUAGUUAAACAGCGUGAGCAGCUCAUCAAAUACAAAGAAGACUGCAAGCAAUUUGAAAACAACUGGAUGAGUGCAAUUAAAUUGUCACAGCUGGCAGCUGAAGCAGCUUUUAAUGCAGGAGCUGACCAGGCUUCAGCCUCAGCACAGACUAACUUGCAGAUAGCACAGUCUCAUGUAGAACAGGCUCGACAGCACUAUCUUGAGGCAGAACAGAAACUGAAAGACAGCAAUGCGGAGUUCAGCGAGAGACCCAAGAUCACUUCACAUGCAGUGGCAGGAAACGAAGAAGAAAUUCCAGAGGCUUAUCUGAGAGAGGACUAGAGGACGAGCAGCAACAUAGACAUGCAGUUCUUCAUCUUCACCAAUCCAGAUAUUUGCUUUUGUGUCUGCAGUUUCGAUGUUUUUGCACAACGUUUUUUAAUAAUAAUUUUCUAAUAAAAAAAUUUAAUUACACAAGAGAUCAUAAAAACAAUGGGAAAAACAAACAAAAAAAUCACAGUGGGGAAUCCAUUUUUUAUUGUUAUUACUUUAUUACUAUUUUUGAAUGGUAUUUAUUUGUAAUAAUUUGGUUUAGAGAUUCAAUCAAAUUCUUGUAUCAUUUAAGAUAAAUUCAGUAAAUGUUAAAAUUGUCCUCAUCUGUUAAAUUAUUAUUUUUUUUUGUUUGUUUGUUUCAUUUGAAGAAUCCCUUAUGUUGUUUGGCUUCCUCUAUUAAAGGCAAAUUUACAAUAGAAAUAGAGUGGGUGUUGUUUCAGUUGGAGGAAGACACCUGACCUUAUAUACUGUGAAGCCUUUAUUCUGAUAUUUCUUGUGUGUGUGUGUGUAAGAAAAAUCUUGGAAUCUUGGCUUUUGUGAAACACUGCUGUAUAUAUGCUAAUCAAAUAAACUGUUUUGACGUGAA